AUCAUUCUCCCCUCAAUAGCGUCGACGCUCAAGAUACCGGCGAGCCGGCAGCAGUGGGUAGGCUCGGCGUACAAUGUCGCCAUGGGCUGUACACUGUUACUCUGGGGGUCCCUGGCGGACCUAUACAGUCGACGCGCCGUCUUCCUCCAGGGCUCGACUCUGCUAGCGCUCACGACAAUCAUCCCACCAUUUGUACCGCAGGAGAUCCCAUUUUACAUUGUCCGCGCUUUACAGGGCGCAUUCGCAGCCGCCACAUUACCUUCAGCAUUAGGCAUCCUCGGGGCCAGCUUUUCCCCCGGGCCGCGGCGAAACUUCGCCUUUGCCGCGCACGGUGCCAUGUCCUCGCUCGGGUCUGUGGUCGGGAAUAUCAUGGGAGGCUUGAUCGGAGCGAGCCUGACGUGGCAGUGGGUUUUCUGGAUCCUGUCUGCUGUAACGGCGGCCAUAUCAGUCGCAGCUUUUAUCAUGAUCCCCCGCUUUCCGUCAGCCACAGGUGCAGGAGCCAAAGGGGGAAGAGGGCGUGACCUGGAUUGGGUCGGCGCACUGAUGAGCACCGGUGGGAUUCUGAUGCUUCUAGUUUCUGUCACCGAGGGAUGUUCCCUUGGCUGGAAACGCCCCUGGAUACCUUCCCUCACCGUCGUGUCGGCUCUCAUGCUCGUCGGCUUCUGCGCCUGGCAAUGGUAUCUUGAACAUCGCACCAAACGGCAGCCGUUGGUCCGGCUAUCCUUGUUGCACAAUUUUCACGUCUCCCUGUCGUUGCUCAUUGCCUGUGUCUUCUUUGGUUCAUUCCAGAGUUUUUUAUAUUUUGCAACGUAUUUUUACCAGGAUAGUCUCCAACUGAGUCCCCUUGAUACCACACUGCGGUUCCUUCCCGCUGGUCUAGCAGGCAUCCUCUCCCUUGCUGUCAUCCCAAAAGCAUUAUCAUCAAUUCCCCACGUCUAUCUACUCGUCUUCGCCACCGUCUGCAGCCUCACCUCGCCGCUGUUAUUUUCCGUGCCCAUCCCUCCCCACACCAGUUACUGGGCGUGGGGGUUUCCUGCGAUGUGCCUGUGCAUCAGCGCCGACAUCGUCUGGCCAGUCCUCACUCUUUUGAUUGUCCAAGUGCUUCCCCGGUGUGAUCAUUCCGUCGGGACGGGUUUGCUCAGCACCUCGAACCAGCUGGGGAGGACAUUCGGGCUGCUGAUUGCGACCGCCGUGCAGGGUGCAGUCGACACCCACGGAGCGGCCAACCCUGGUCGCCAGUUUCUGCGAGGCUUAAGGGCUGCCCAGUGGUUUAAUACUGCGCUGGCUAGUGUAGCGCUCGCGGUU